AGAGCAGUUCAAGGAUAAAAGCUCCAGUGGAUUUUGUACAAUGGCUUGUUCGGUGUUGGCCACAAGGCAGUGACUACAUUCCAACAGAUAAAAGCUUGAAGGGUCGGAGAGUAAGUGAACUUCUUUUGGAGCUGGAUGCAAAAGCUACAGAGGAAUUAAUUGAUGUAAGUUGCUUGAUCAGUUCAUACUGCACUGUGCUAAAAUACUAUCCAUAAAGAAACCCAUCCAUAAAAUUCUGUACUAUUUGUUUUUCUUCUUAUAUUUUGAGGGGGCCACGAUCAAUUUGUUGAUCAUUCUGGCUCCUGGUUUAAAUUCAGAGUUUGCCUUCUCUUAGAUGGGUUGCCGUCACAAGCUAACGAGUCCCAUCCACCCGGGGUGCUUGGGAUGUUGGCAUUGGUGGGGAUUGAACUCCAGACCACCAGCUAUUUGGUUUGAGAAGUCUAGACUGCUCUGCCACCCAGCACCCAUAUUUACUCUUAAAGAACACGCAUGCCUCUGAUUGGGAUCAUGUUGCACUUGGCACAAAUCCCACACCCCUUCUGUAAUAAAUGUUGGAACAUCUUAUUCAUCAAAUGAUGGGUUUUUCUCCUCUCAUCCUCUACUCCAACCUCCCGUGCUAUCUCACCUCCUAUAUGAAUAAUUUUCGACAGGAUAAAAACUAAUACAAAGGUGCUAAUGGAUUAUUAAAUGUCAUUCAUUAGUAGAAUGAUAACCUUGAACAAAACCAAUGUUGUUGAAACAUUAGGUGUCACAACUGAAUAAGUAUUAUUUCAAGAUUCUGCUGUUUAUGUUAGACCUUUAUUUUUUUAAAAACAUUGUCACAUUAAUAAAUUACAGAAAUAAAAGAAGGCAGUGCAGAGGAAAUGUUAAUGUACUAUUUCAUUGGCAGGUUUUUUCUGAGUGUCUUGUGUCAGAUGAAGGUAAAACAGGUGACAAUAUGGAGACCCCCAAACCUGUGUUUGUCAUUGACAAAAAAGGCAAUGAAACCAGAGAGGUAAUGAGAGUAUUUUGUGUUGGUCAAGUGAAAAAAUAAUUAAUGAUAUGCUCUUUUAUAUUUUAAAAAAAAAAUGCGUUUUGGAGCUGUAUUUUUCGUGUAUUUGAUUAAUGUCAACAGUCAUUACAUGAGUUACAAAUUUAUCUUUUUCUUUUUUUAAAAAACAAAAAUAUAGCUCACGUCUACAAAUAAAAAACGUAAGAAACGUAGGAAGAUUGAAGACAGACCAGAAGAAAUGGAGGAAGAUGUAGCAGCCAGCUCUGAUGUGGUCAUGUUACCUGGAAAUUUAAAUGUCACUGACUUGAAAAAUAAGUCUACCUUAAGGAUUGAAAAUUGGUUCAAUAGAGAAAAUGAGACAAUAGAACUUGUUGAUUGUGAUGAUGAUAAAGAAAGUGAUGAUAGUGAUAAAGAAGAUCAUAAAGAGGAAGCCAUGGAGCUAGAUGAAUCAGGUGUGGUUGAUUUUAACCAAUUUCACAAGAAAAAUGGUAGAAAGGAGAAGAAAUCUGAUGGUUCUGACACAGUCAAUAACAACAUUGUGAUGGAAGAAGAGAAAAGGGAUAGAACUAAAGGUGCAGAAAUGUCUGCUGAGCCUCUUGGAUUUUUUAUUGAUCGAAAUUCAAAGUCACCAAAGAAACAACCAGGUGCCUUAACACUUAGUCCAGAAUUACAUUAUUUCCAAAAAAAAUCACCCAACAAAUCACAUCAGCAUGGUGAGACAGAGAAGCCUGUCAAAAAUGAUGAUAUGGAAAUACAAAUCAUUGACCUUAGGGGAAUCUCAGAAGAGAAAGACUCAGUUCAUAAAGAAGAAUUUGUUUCUAACCAAGACCUGAUCAUUUUAAAAUCACCAGAUAUGAAUUCACCCAAUUUGAGAAGGGGACAAAUUUCAUCCUCGACGCAAAAAACUGAAAGGAAUGCACUGUCCCCCUCAACACCUGCUCCAAAUAGAGCCAAACAGAAAGCAGAAACUCUAAUACUCGAUGCUGGAAAUGAGCACCCAGUGUCUAAAACCCUGACAACUGUUGUAGACCUAAUUAGUAAUGAAGGAGACUCCAUCAGUGAAGAUAAUGGACAAUCAAAUAGGGAUUUAAUUCAAGGCUCACAAACCUUUCCAAUGUCAAUGUCACCAAAAAAAUGCCAGGCAACAGAAUCAGAAAUAGUUGCAGCCAGUGACUCGGAUGAAAGCGAGAGUGGCAGCCCAUUCAGAAGCAUAAAGCAGAAAAGGAAAAAAAAAUCUGAUCAAAGAACCAGAGCAUCAAGCAUUUCCCCAGAGAUUGAAAUAAUAGGCAGCAUUGGUGUCAGCCGAGAGAAUCUUCACCACUCAAGGAUGGGGAAGAGUACAGCCGAGUUGGAUGGUUGGGAAUCCAAAUCUUCGGCAUCAGGAAAUAAAUCUGAGGUGGUUGACUUGACCCAAGAAAAUCUAAACAUUGAAUCUGAUUCUGUGUCAGGAAAUGAUGUUGAUGAACAGGUGGUUAUGGCAGAGGAAAAUUUAACCAACAAAUUUGACUCGUCCGUGUCUUUGGCUGAGACAGAUGUUGUGGUAGUCAUCCAUGAAGAUGUAACUAAACCAGGCACUAGUGAACACGAAAUCGGCAUGGCACUUGCCGAGAUCAGGAAGUCCAUGAAUAUCAAUGACAAGAAUCAGAAAAGUCCUCUUGGGGAGCCCGCAAACAAUACCACUAAACUCAGUAUUAAAUCAGAGGGCAGUACAAAUCCUUCACCAAGCAGAAGGUUAAAGGGUGGCAAUAGUGAGAAGACAGCUGUGAAAUCUAAAACACCUAAAUCAAAUGUUUUAACAGAUUGGCUGAGGAGAACACCUUCCCUUCCUGCCUGCUCAAAUGUGCUACAUCAACUGGAUGAUUUGACGCCUGAAAAUAAAAAUAACCGUAAGGUAGAAUCAGAAGGUGCGACUCCACUUCCACAUACACGUAAACCCCCUAGACGUUUAUCAGAAGUUGACAAAAUACCCCAAAGGGAUACUUCCCCUGAAAAAAAGAUUAGGUCCUCACAAUCAAAAUCACCGAGGGAUAAAUGUUUAAGUGGAUUAAAUACAACAGACCAGCCUCUGUCAGUGACCACCAAGCCGAAGAAGCAAACAGAGUCAGAAAGUAUGAUUUCACAAACACAUAAACUCAGAAGAAAAUCCGAAUCUAGUCAUUCAAAUGUCAGAGAGGCCCAACUGAAAAAACCCUUGUCUGCUACAAAGAAAAAGAGGACUUCUUUACCGAUGACAUUGCCAAACGGCAAAAUUUCAAAUGAAACAAAUGCUACUGAACAAGUCAUUAACACAGCUACAACUCCCAAGAAGAGGAUGCCCUCUCCAAUUAAAUCACCAUUUACCAAGUUGUCACACAAAAUCACAAAUAAUAAUUCCGAAGCACAAUCUCCAUUGAAGUCACCCCUGACAGUUGAACAACACAAAUCACCUUUGCCAUUUAUUUCUUCAGUAACGCCUCGAAACCAGGAAAAAAAACAAAAACUUGAAACCCCAAAAGAACUCACUCUAAAUGACAUUUUUGGGAAAUCUUUGAAAACAUAUUCCAGACAGGAUCCUGCAUUGGUGAAAAAGCAAUUGCUUGCCAGAGAAAAAAAAGAAUCUAAAGAAGAAAUUAAGUCAACCGUUUCAAAAUUACCAAGUGGUCUAUCAGACAGCACCAGUUCAGAUAGUUCGCCACACAGAGACCAAAGUUCACCAUUGAAGCGCUCAUAUUUCCUCAGAGGCUCUGCAACUAAGAGAUCAGAGUGCCAGGCCUGUGGACUGAAACAAGACUGUACAAAAGUUGGUAUUCUCCUAACCACGUGGGUGGGGCUGGAUAACUUAGAUUGCAAAUUCAAUAUAUUAUCUUCCUUUUGGGAAAAGGUGGGUUGGGGUGGGAGUUGGGGUUAAUGACAGUUUAUGGUGUAAUAUAGGAGUUAGGAAAAUCAGAGAGUUAGUUAGAUGUGAAUUGGAGAGUGGUGUAGAAAGGUAUUUAUCCAAGUUAGAAUUAGGGUUGAGCCGGUGCAGUUUUUUUUAAUAUCUGGAACAAGGUAUUUUUAGACAAUACCUGACAUGUCUGAGUCUGGUUGUCACAUUUCAGGAAUCAUCUAUGUAAAAUGAGAAAUGUGUUCCCUUACCCCCAAUGGGGAGAAGUGAAAAGUGCAUAAUUUACAGAAUCAAGCAUGGCUCAAGGUUUACAGUUUCAUCACUAAUAGUAAUAGCAUAAUAAUAUAAUCCUAACCCAGGGAUUCUCAACCAUUUUGUGCCUCGAUCCUUGAUAAAAUUUGCCAAGUUGUGUUGUCCCAACCAGAAUUAUGUUUAGAAAGUGGUUGUUGAGGGGGGGGGCCAGAGCUUUUUUGUAGAUAAAAAAAAUGUUGGUACUGUAAUAUUGAUCAGGGACAGAGGGAAGCAGAAAUAAGAGCAUCAAAAGGGUGGAAGGGUCUGUAGAGAGGUCUCUGUAAGUCAAUCCCCAAAAAUUUUUUGUUAAGUUCUUAAACCUUAUAUAGUUUUGUGUGGAAGCUGUCAACUUUUUUAAGUGAGGCACAGAAAAAAAAAUGAAACAAAGAUAACAAAUAAAAAAUAUAAUUUUUAAAAAAUCGAAAGGAUAUAUAUUAUGAAAAAAAAAUAUAUAUCUUAAAUUAGCUGCAGCGUAGUCAGAUUGAUUUGACAGAAGAAACUAGUCUCAUCAUUGUAAAUAGCGCUACAGGUGUCUAAUACUCUGUAUCUCCGGGUCAGUACCAAGCUCAGCCCUAGUUGUAAUUCCCAGAAGAAGAAGCCUGAAUCCUUAAACUUUAACUUAUCAAUUCUUUUAAAAUUUCCACAGCACCAACAGUCUGUGACUGGCAGUGAUACAGGACCAGGAUCAGCAAAAGCCAAUAAGUAAUAAAUGUUGAAUGGUAUAAAUAUAAAACUAGAUUUUGCACUCAUUACGCUCAUUUCUAAUCUAUAGUUUUACACCCAACAAUGCAUGUUGUCAUUUUCCAUUAGCAUACAUAAUCAUUUAGUUGAUACUUUUCUUUUACAACGUGCCACCACUUUAAUAGUAAUUGAACGACAUACAUAGCAAAUAAUGGAUCAGAUCAUUCUUUUUGUCAUCACACCAAGGCUAUGAAAUAGGAUAUAAAUAAAUGUACCGGUAAUAUUAUGAAUAAGCCCUACAACAGCUUAUUUCCUUUCACAGAAAAGAAGUAAAAGCUGCUACCCCUUCCCAAAAAACUCC